AUGCUGGUGCUACAAUGUGGAGCCUUCCAAAAUUUGAUUGUCUCCUUCUAUCUGCUUGUUCUCAUUGCACCAACUAUACAUUGCCUUUCCCUUUCAUCAUCAUCAUCUCCUCCUCCUCCUACUCCUCAUGAACGAACAGUUGUGUUGCUCUUGUACAAACCUCCCAAUGUGGUCACCUCGCAUGUUUCCAAUGACGACCGGCCUACAGUAUAUAACCAAGUACAAGACUUGAAUGCUUACGUUGGUGGUGAAAUUAUGGAGGGUUCUUCCUUUCAAGAAUGGACAGGGAUUCGGUCCAAAGUCCACGCCAUUGGACGAUUGGAUGCGGAUACCACUGGAUUGCUGUUGUUGACCAACGAUGGGGGACUGGUCCAUCAUGUCACCAACAAGAAUGCUGCCUCUUUGCGCGACAAAAGCAAUGUAGCAACAAUUACCAAGACCUAUCAAGCCUUGGUCAUGGGGCAUCAAACUGAGGAUACCCUCCGUUGUUUUUGGGAAGGUGUCGAUAUUGGAACGAAAUAUGGCGGCAGGACGGCACCUGUGGACAAUGUGCAAAUUUUGGAGUAUCCCAAUCACAAGUCUACCUUGGUAUCCAUUACCAUUUCGGAAGGAAAGAAUCGUCAAGUCCGACGCAUGUUUCACAGCAUUGGAUCUGGGGUCAUGCAACUGAAACGAGUUGCAAUCGGCAACGACUAUUUGACCUUGGAAGGCUUGCAAGAAGGGCAGUGGCGAGUAUUGUCAGAUGAAGAAGUAAAACGUACUUUGCAAUGGGAGCCAAAGGUACUGGAAAACAAGACAGGUUCUAUUGGAGGACGACAGGGUUCGGGCAGUCCAAGAGGAAAAAGGCCGUCCUCAACAAAUGACCGCCAAACAAUUGGCAAGAAACGACGACGCCCUUCUGGAAAGGUGAGAAGGAGUAGCAACACGCGGAGGCGAUGA